AUUUUGUCGGGAGCACGCGACUCCGACACGACCGAUUUUUACAUAAUAUAAUAUACAUACAUACAGGCGGUUACACACACGCUGCUCCUCUCAGUAAAUAAUAUUAUUAUAUAUUGUACGCUUUUUUGUUUUCGGGAUAAAAAAAAAGAAACAAAAAAACCCCUUCGCCGAUCAUCAUCAACGCCCAGCAAGUGCUCCGCCGCAGCAACCCCGCCGCCUACUUCACCUGUCCGCGGCCGCAACACGUUCCCGUCAUCGUCGCCGUCGUCCUCGCCGUCCUCGUCGUCUCGUGAGAUCGCCAUCGCCGCAGGCAAAACCCACACUCCAGCCGCCGAAGAACACAAUAUAAUAAUAAUAUUUUAAUGAUAAAUAUUAUUAUCGCAUCUACACACGCGCAUAAUAUUAAUAUUAUAUUCUACAGCGUUUAGUCUCUUCUCCUUUUUCUCCUUCGUCUCCGUAUCCUCCAUCUCCUCACUUUUUACAGUGACUCCGUCUGUCGCUCUCUCUCUCUCUCUCUCUCUCUCUCUCUCUCUCACACACACACACACUCGCUCGUCCGUGCUCACAAUUGUAUUCCUAUUAUACAUUCAACACUGGGCAGCGUGUUUGGGGGUGUGGAGGGGGCGGACGGCCGUGGCCUCUUAAUCUGGAGUUGUGUGCGCGCGCCGCGCACGUGUGUGUACUCACCGCCUUCGUCCGGGCGUAGUCACUGGGGGCGCGCUCUCACACAGUACACAGCCGGCGGACCGCGGGCGGCUAACGCAGAGUGGCUAUGGACACCGCGAACGGGGUAGUGGCCGGUGCUGAUGCCUUUACCGUCGCGCUGUCGCUACUGCUGUUCGUCGUGCUCCUCAUUCUGGGGGCCACAUCAGCGUGUGGCCGCGGUUUCUGGACCGCUCGCCGUCAACCAGGCACAGCCGCAGUCGCUGCCGCCCGCACCGCCGUGCUAGACGGCCCGACAGCGUACCCGGUCAUCGGGGCGCUGCACGCCAUGGACGGACACCAGGACAGACCGUUCCGCCGGUUCACCGAGCUGUCCCACAAGUACGGGCCCGUCUACGCCAUGGCCAUGGGAUCGACGCCUUGCGUGAUCGUCAACGAUUACCCGUCCAUCAAGGAAGUCCUAAUCACCAACGGUUCUAAGUUUGGCGGCCGGCCUGACUUUAUCCGCUACAACGUGCUGUUCGCCGGAGACCGAAAUAACUCACUGGCGCUAUGUGAUUGGUCGUGGCUUCAAGAAACCAGGAGGAAGAUUGCUCGAAUGUACUGUUCCCCGAAAGUGUGUUCAUCCAACUACGGGCUGCUGGACUCUAUUGCUUCCGAUGAGCUGGACGUAUUUUUGGGAUCAUUAGCCGAAGUGACCAUCCAGGGUUCCGAGCGUGAGGUACAGGUGAAGCAGCCGUUGCUGAUGGCCUGCGCCAACAUGUUCAUCAGGUUCAUGUGUACGACGCAAUUCGAGUACGGCGACCCUGAUUUCCAGAAUAUGGUCCGCACGUUUGACGAGAUAUUCUGGGAUAUCAACCAAGGUUACGCAGUUGACUUCUUGCCAUGGCUGAGGCCAUUCUACGAGGGCCACAUGCGAAAGCUGUCCAAGUGGUCAACGGACAUCAGGAGAUUCAUGAUGGAUGAGGUUGUGUCGAAGAGGAACAGUUACGCGAAGGCUGUAGCCGCAGCAUUAGAAGGCGUUGGUGACCGAAAUCAUGACGACAAUGACGACGCUGCAGACAACGACGAGCAAGAACCAACUGACUUCACUGACGCCUUGCUCAUGAGCCUGCGCAAGGAGCCCAGGCUCAAAAUGGACCACGUGCUGUUCGAGUUGGAAGAUUUUAUCGGCGGUCAUUCUGCAGUUGGAAACAUGGUCAUGCUCGCACUGUCUAUGGUGGCUACUAGACCUCACGUGGCCCAAGCGAUCCGGGAUGAGGCCGAACAAGUCACCGGCGGCCAACGAUUGGUCCGCCUUUACGACAAGCCGGACAUGCCGUACACCGAGGCCACUCUGUUCGAGACCCUGCGUGUCAUUUCGUCACCCAUCGUCCCUCACGUGGCAACAGAGGAUACUACCAUCCAAGGAUUCAAAAUAUCGAAAGGAACUUGCAUUAUAAUCAACAACUUCGAAAUCAACAACAGCCCUGCGUACUGGGACGACCCGGAAGUGUUCGACCCCAAUCGUUUCAUACACUGCAAGUCCGGCGCAAAGCCGUGCAUCCGGAAACCAGAAUACUUCCUGCCCUUUGGCACCGGCAAAAGGACGUGCAUUGGACAACAAUUGGUUUCCGGGUUCGGGUUCGUACUGCUCGCCGGCAUACUGCAGAGGUACGAGGUAAAGGCCACUGCUCAAUUGGCGAUACCCGAGGCGCGUCUGGCUCUACCACCCGACACCUAUCCUCUGAUAUUGAAACCUCUCGAUGGAUGUCGAAUAUAAAUACAAAAUAUAUAGAACAAUCUCGUUGACAUGAGACUAAAAUGGCAAUCAUUAUCGUUGUACAUUAAAUUAGAUAAUUAUUGUAAAUACUCAAACACAUAUAAAAUAUAAUAAGUAUCGAAUCACAAGACUGUUUGAUUUACAAUCUAUUCGUAUACGAUACGUAUACAUAUAUGUAAGAACAUGACAAUAAUUUUAACAACAUGUUCAUUUCGAUAAUCGAUUCAAUCGCGUAUAUUAAUAGGUAUAUAAAUAUAUUUUUAAAAUAGACUGAAACACACUGUUUGAAAUACAUUUUGUAUAGGUCCAAAAAUGUAAUUGUACCUGUAAUAUUUAAAAUAAAAUGAUAAGUAUUCAUUCGAAUUUGAUAUCAAUUUCAAUUUGAAUAUCAUACAUUUUUUUGAAUGAGUAUAAAUAUAUAUUUUUUUUACAAAAUUGUAUUAUUUUUUAUACAUAAUAUAUUUGUUGAAUUUGAAUUUAUAUUUAUAUCACAUGUAUUUUUUUAAUUGUUAGUUAAUAAGAAAUUAGUUGUUCUACACUUAAGAUUUUAUCUCCUAUGACGUUAAGUCAUACUAUUCAAAUAAAGUAUCAACGAUAACAGUUAGUAUAUUCCCAAUUGUAUCCAUGCAUUACUAUCGUCCAUGUAUUAUAAAAUUAAAAAAAAUAUAAAACAAACUGUAUACUUCAAUAAAAUAAAUACAGACCACGAUAGAUAAAGUGUUUUAUUCUUAAAGUAUAAAGUAACAUUACGUUUUAAUAAUUAUAGUUACAUAGACGAUAGACCAGUACAAGUUAUUUUUUUUCGGAAGUGUUUGUGUAAAUAAAAAUUUUCCCACGAUUACAUAUACAUACUGUUGAUAAUUUAUAUUAGGGACCAGGAAGAAGGGCAUUCUGAGGAAAAACAUUUUCAUGUGAAGGUCCCUUAUAUCUAAAGGGAGGAGUAUGUUCGCUCAACUAAAUAGUACAAUAUUAAACUUGUCCACUACUUAAUUAAUGAUUAUAAACAAGGCUUCACCACUCUAACCUUUCCAAGCUCUUUACGUUUCUUGUAAUACAGUAUCCCCGAGACUUGAGAGAGAUAAAUAUUACCUAUAUAAAUUGUAUUAUUAUAAAACAAACAACGCGAGGGCUGGCGAAAGCAAUAAGAAAGCAAUUACCACCCAGUCUCACAGUUGAAACACAAAAAAGUUUCUUAUAUUUCAAAACUGAUUAUGACAUAUCAGUCAUCGCCUUUUGAGGCAGUACAAUUGGCUUCAAUUUUCAACUUUAAGGGUAAUAUAUCUGCACUGAAAAAAAGAUGUUCAUUCUACAAACAAAACGCCAUUUAUUGACCAUUUUUAUUGGCACAAAGAUUUUUUUUAUUAUUUCAACAAAGUAUUGUUCAUUGGAUACAACAUGGAGUAGUAUAUACUUUAUAUCGGCCGAUUUGCCGACACCCGAUUUUCCGACAUACUAUAU